ACGAGGUUAUGACGAUCAUUAUAGUCCGUAACAAAAGUGCGUCUUUAGCCGAUCAACCCAAUAGGAUUAACAGGAUCAGAUUACACAGAGCCUCUCACACAGAUUUACACCAACAGGGAAUGUAGACCGUCCAUGAAAUAACUGUCUGGAACAUGAUAUAUAGAAAAAUGUUUGACAUGUCGGUCUGCACUAGCAGACUGGUACAGUAGCCUCUUGACAUCUAGGAUAAUGUAAAUCUCUGAUGACACCAUGUUUCCUAGUGCACUACUUUUUGCCAGAGUCAUAUGUGCUAUUUGAGAAGAAGUCUAUAAAUUGCAUUGGUCUUCGUCAGCCUCCUGUAGUAACACUCUCUCCUUAGCAAACUUGUUUAUGACACACUUGUGAUGAUGAAAUCAUCAUAGGAUAACCCUCGAGUAUACAGUAUAUGUCCUAGAUGUUUUUCUCAUGAAUUACUGUGUGUGUGUGUGUGUGUCCUAAAUCUGCCUAUGCUGACACCAUGCUGAGUUCCAUGCACGUCCCUAAUCCUAAGAGAGAAGCUCUUAAAAGGGUCUGUGCCCGCCUCGGGGGGGGGGCAGAGCACACCACUUCUCAUCACUAGGAUCUAUUUCCUCCAUCUAUCUAUCCAACCUUCCAGCUAGAAAUAGCUCCUCUCGUAGAAGGCAUAGUGCUUUCUCUUUCCUCUCUCCAAAUACCAGAGAGGAUAGAGAAAGACACAAACUCCUGUAGAGACACAUAGACAAACAGAAACACACACACACACCCCAACAGCCGUCGCCAUGAAUGGCACAGAGGGCCCAAACUUCUACGUGCCCAUGUCUAACAAGACAGGGGUGGUGAGGAGCCCCUUUGAGCACCCUCAGUACUACCUAGCUCCACCCUGGAAGUACUCGCUCCUCGCUGCCUACAUGAUCUUUCUCAUCAUAACAGCCUUCCCCGUCAACUUCCUUACGCUCUAUGUCACGGUGCAGCACAAGAAGCUACGGACCCCCUUGAACUACAUCCUGUUGAAUCUGGCUGUGGCUGACCUCUUCAUGGUGGUGGGAGGCUUCACUGUGACUCUGGCAACAGCCCUACAGGGAUACUUCUUCCUGGGGGUCACCGGCUGUAACAUUGAAGGAUUCUUUGCCACUAUGGGAGGGGAGAUCGCCCUUUGGUCUCUGGUGGUAUUGGCCAUCGAGCGCUAUAUCGUGGUGUGUAAACCAAUGACCAACUUCCGCUUCAAUGAGAGGCACGCCAUUGUGGGCGUGGCCUUCACCUGGAUCAUGUCUCUCACCUGUGCUCUACCUCCAUUGUGUGGCUGGUCCAGGUACAUCCCAGAGGGCAUGCAGUGUUCCUGUGGGAUUGACUACUACACCCCGACGCCUGAGCUGGGAAACACCUCCUUUGUCAUCUACAUGUUCACCCUCCACUUCUCCAUCCCUCUGGUCAUCAUCGGCUUCUGCUACGGCCGUCUGCUCUGCACCGUCCGCGCGGCGGCAGCCCUGCAGCAGGAGUCAGAGACCACUCAGAGGGCAGAGAAAGAAGUGACCCGUAUGGUGAUCGUCAUGGUCAUCUCGUAUCUGGUGUGCUGGAUGCCCUAUGCCACUGUGGCCUGGUACAUCUUUGCCAAUCAGGGCACCAACUUUGGCCCUGUCAUGAUGACCAUCCCAGCCUUCUUUGCCAAGAGUGCUGCCCUCUACAACCCAAUAAUCUACAUUCUACUCAACAGACAGUUCAGGAACUGCAUGUUGACCAUAGUGUGUUGCGGGAAGAACCCAUUCGGUGAGGAGGAGACCUCCACCGCCUCCUCCAAAACACAGGCCUCCUCCAUCUCCGCCAGCCAGGUGGCUCCUGCCUGACCUACGACCCAUAAAGCCUGACUCCUUACCUGUCCCAGCCCAUCUGUGGACCCACCGCCAAGCAGCAGCCUCCGAUAGGCCAAUUUUCUCGAUUUACCUCUGUCUGCACUGCAUGGGUGUGCCUGUUGUACCUGUACAUAUAUCCCUCAAUGUGACCAAAGCAUAACAAACCAAGAAACAGUGCUUAGUUGGCUUCAUCAAUCGUUUACUGGAGUUGGUAGAAGUUGCCUCAAACCACUGAUAAAGAGUCAGAUUAUUUUACUCCCCUUAUGGUUAGGAAUAGGGGUUGCAUUGUCUGAUAUCAGGUCUGUGGUUAGUGCAUCUUGACUUCUACCUCAAGCACUUUAAGCAGCACCUUUGGGUGUCAUUUUGGUGGCUGUCCAACUAAACACGUUCCAUGGGCUCCCCUCCCAUUAAAACACAUACAAUAAUUUAGUGUUGAAGUGAAACCUUCAAAUGCCACAAUAUAAAAAAAAACGUAUGGCAACUUUUGUUUACAUAAUUGUUCAGCUUAUGCCCCUUAAAUACACUUUAAAGUAUCCAUUUUUUAAAUUAAUACUUAGGGUAAAAUACGUUUUAAAUUGGUUUAGAUUGUGCCUACCAUAAAGCAUUGAGGAGAGCUCUCCCCUGGUUUCGGUGUCUUUCCCAUGAUGAGGCUGAACGGGUUAGUUCUUAACACUUGGCUCGGAAAAGGUCCUGAAUGUAAACAAAUGGACCUGCAUAGAACCUCUGCAGAAAGAAGACACCUCCUGAGAGUGUGUGUGUUAGUGUGCGUGUGUGUAUGCGUGUAUGUUUAAAAGCUCUGGAGACAGGACUAGUGUUAAUAAUGUAAAGAUUAGGAUGUUGUACGUGACGUGGAAAUAAAGUUGUUAAAUGUCCUGGAAUUAAAAUGACGAUAAAAAUAUGA